AUGGAAGAGAAAGGCUGUUCACACGGGGAGUAUUUUGUGCAGAGGGAGGUUCUGGAUGAGCUGCGUCUGGAUGAAGUGGCGCAAAAACGGACGUGGACCGAUUCACCGAACCUGGGGGAACGGGUGAAAGAGUCCCUGAGAUGUUCGGUGCCCAGGCUGAAGCACACAGUGGUGAGCUGGGUGCCUGUUCUUGGCUGGCUGCCUCAAUACUCCAUCAGAGAAAAUGCAAUUGGAGACCUGAUCGCUGGCUGCAGUGUGGGAAUCAUGCAUCUGCCGCAGGGUAUGGCGUAUGCUCUUCUGGCUUCCCUACCCCCUGUGAUUGGCCUGUAUACUUCUCUAUUCCCGGUGCUGGUCUACUUCAUCUUUGGCACCUCCAGACACCUCUCCAUAGGUACGUUUGCUGUGAUGAGCAUCGUGAUUGGGGGUGUGACGGAGAGGCUGGCACCCGACAGUAACUUUAUCGUAAACGGCACCAACCACAGUGUGAAUUUUGAAGCUCGGGAUGCCAUGAGGGUAAAGGUAGCAUGUUCCCUCACAGUCUUGACAGGGAUCUUUCAGAUCUUGUUUUUUGUGGUGAGGUUUGGUUUCGUGGUCACGUACCUGUCCGAGCCGCUGAUCCGUGGCUACACUACAGGGUCAGCGUGUCAUGUGUGUGCCUCACAGCUCAAGUACCUGUUUGGAGUCACACCAUCUCGAUUCACAGGUCCUCUCUCCCUUAUCUAUACUCUGGUGGAUAUUUGCCGACUGCUGCCUCAGACCCAGGUGCCGGAGCUGGUGGUCAGCCUGGUGUCGCUCACUGUUCUCAUUGUGGCCAAAGAAAUCAAUGACUGUUACAAACAGAAGCUGCCGAUUCCCAUCCCUGUGGAACUGAUAGUUAUCAUAGCAGCAACAAUCAUCACCCACUUCUGUGGACUUGACAAAAAAUACGACCUUGAUGUUGUUGGGCAGAUUCCCAGUGGGCUCAAAGCCCCUCAAGUUCCAGAUACCUCUUUUUUCUCCGAGAUGAUAGGCGAUGCCUUCACUGUGGCCAUCGUGGGCUACGCUAUCAACAUUUCCCUCGGCAAAACGUUUGGCCUUAAACAUGGCUAUAAGGUGGACAGCAACCAGGAGCUGGUUGCUCUGGGUCUUAGUAACACUAUUGGCAGCUUCUUUCAGUGUUACUCUGUGACCUGCUCGCUGUCUCGCAGCCUCAUCCAGGAGAGCACAGGGGGCAAGACACAAGUUGCGGGAGUGAUUUCAUCCAUCAUUGUGCUGAUCACAGUUUGGAAAAUUGGUGCUCUCUUUGAAGAUCUCCCCAAGGCUAUUUUAGCCACAAUAGUGUUUGCGAACUUGAAAGGGAUGUUUAAGCAGUUCAUGGAUGUGCCGAUGCUGUGGAGGACGAACAAGGUUGAUCUGCUGGUGUGGGUGGUAACAUUAAUAAGCACCAUCCUGCUCAACCUGGACCUGGGUCUGGCUGUCUCCAUUGGCUUUUCCAUGCUCACUUUCAUCUUCAGAACACAACGACCCCGUUACUCCAUCUUGGGCCACGUGCCAGGCACUGACUUGUAUCUAGACACAGACGCCUACGGGGGGACUGAAGAGAUUCCAGGAAUAAAAAUCUUCCGCUCAUCUACGACUAUCUGCUACACAAAUGCUGAGAUGUACUUGGAGGCCCUGCAAGGGAAGAGUGGAAUUGAAAUCAGUAAGCUGCUGGCGGCAAAGAAGACGCGAGACGCGGAGCUGAAGCCUAAACAGGAGAAAGAGGAAGCAAAAACGGAGGAAAAGAAACAAUGGAAGCAAAAAGCGGUCAGAGACAUGUCCAUUCCCGCUCUCUCUUUGACAGAGUUGACUGAGGGCAAAGUCUCUGCAGGACUGAGUCAGGGGAACAGUGCAGCCGUAACCUCUACAAAUGGCCUUAGUAAAGGACAAGUAAACUCGGCUUAUGAACCUGACUCAGUCAUGCAGGACUCCGAUUUAGACACGGGUUGCCACGGUGAUGAAAACAUCUACCAGGAACCGCACCAUGGUGAUGAGGAGAAGGAGGGGACCUGUGGAUCAGAUGUCCACAGCAUCAUCUUGGACAUGUCGACAACCGGCUUUGUGGACACAGUCACUACAAAUACAUUGAAAAAUAUUUUCAGGGACUUCGGGCAGAUUAAUAUAAACAUUUAUCUCACGGGAUGCCAAGCCUGUGUUGUGGAGCAACUGGACACUGCCGGUUUCUUCUCAGAGUCCAUCCCGAAGAGCAGGUUGUUUGUCACAGUUCAUGAUGCCGUGCUUCACAUUCUCAAGAAACUGGGGCUGAGAGACUUUGUACUUGACGUUCCCUGCAGCACCCCGAUGUAACCAACAGGGGUCAGACUGUUCCAACCCUCGCCAUCCUCCCCCUCCUCCACUGUGGUCCACUCCUCACUAUUGGUCGUCACUGUCUCCUCCCCCUUCAGUGGGGGAGAAUGCACCACCUUGACAUGGCGGCCGGUUGCCAUGGAAAUCCAGGGAGCCGUUACUGUGGCAACGGGCUUUUUAUGAUAUCGCCUAAUGAGAUAGCCAGCAAUACGUCAUCGUAGCUCUCUCUCUCUCUCUCUCUCUCUCUCUCUCUCUCUCUCUCUCUCUCUCUCUCUCUCUCUCUCUCUCUCUCUCUCUCACUCUGUGGUGUGUGCAUGAGCCACAGAGGAGGCGCGGGAUGAGUGGGAGAAUGUAACAGACGAAUAAGAGUCUGUAUUUAUAGUCGGUGUGAGAGAGUGAGUGAAAGGUUGACUGUGGGGGGGGGAAACUCAUAUUUGAGAGGUGUUGUUGUGAACAGACGCACCACGAUGUGUGUGCAUGUGUCAGUCUGUCAGUCCGCUGUGUGGGUUUUCUGGGAUCUAUGCAGUUGGCCCUCGUGUUCUGUUUGUAAGGGAAACCCACAUGUCUUGUAACACAAAUCAAUAGAAUGUAAAUAUUUGUCAUUUAUAGGACAAGACUGUGCCCUCUGGGGACGAGGAGGGGGGGCCUUAAUCCUGUUAUUACCACCCAUUCAAUUCCAAACGGCUGCAAGAAGGAGCUGAAGUGCAGAUAUGGUGUAAUAGGUGUCAACAGCGUGGGUGUAUUUACAGUCAGUAAUCACACAUCUGAUUCUCUACUUUUGGGGAUGCAGUCUUGUCUCAUCAUCUAUCAUAACUCUCUUGCGUUUGCUGAACAGUGUAUCGUAAUAGACGGUACACAGUACAUGUUACAUGUGUAUUUCAAUGAUUUGGGUUGUCCCUUCCAAGUAUAUCUGCGUCAGGCCUUAAAAAGUUUUGUAAUUAUUUUGACCUUCGGGAAAUGUAUUCAAGUGCUUUCGUGUGCAAUUCUGUAGAUGUGAAAAAUGUGCGUCGUUAUCAUGUUUGCCCAAAGUUGCACAGUUUCUCACCGGCAGAAAUAAAUUGUCUUCCUGCAGAAGCUACAGUAUGUGUGACAGACAUCCUACUCCAAUGUAAACAAGGGCUAAAACAGAAACACAUUUCCUUGUGCCUGUUGCUCAACACUGUGUCCACAGACUGAUAACACUUCCAGUGCAACGCUUUAUCAAUAUUUAUCCGUCAAAUGUCUCUUGGAAUUUAUUUUUUAUACAUGUGUAACAUAUCUAAUGUAAAUUCUGCACAUAUCCACGGGUUUGUUUUGUGUAAAUAAAGAUUCACAAAAACACAGAG